GGAGAUCUGAUAAGUUUAAAUUGGUGGGGGAAAGGGAAGAAAGCAUUCAGGCUAGCUGUUUCUAGCUAGUCAGUUCUUCUAGGGCAUACUUUUGCUUCAACAGGAAAUAUUAUUGGCCCACAGCUCAAGAUUGAAUUCCCCCACUGCUCAGGCUUCAUGUUUCUGUACCAUGAAGGGAAGAUACUUUGCAUUUCAUCCAGGGCUCUGUGUCCUGCUAAUACCAUUGGGAGCUAUUGCCCACAAGAAUGGAGCUCCCUGUGCUCGGUGCCCACGGAAUGCCCACUGUACCAAUGCCAGCUCCUGCCGCUGUGAUCCUGGAUUCACUUCACUCUCUGGAAAGGUCAUCUUUAGCACCUCCUCGGAGGUCUGUACAGAUAUCAACGAGUGUGGCCCACCUUUAUACAUGUCUUGUGGAAGCCUUGCACAUUGUCACAACGUGGAGGGGAGUUACUACUGUGAGUGUGCCCCUGGGCACGAGCUCCUUUCAGGAGGCACCAAAUUCCAAAGCGAGAAAGAGAACACUUGUCAAGAUGUGGACGAAUGCAGCUCCGGAAAACACCAAUGCCACAACACCACCCACUGCAUCAAUGUGAAGGGCAGCUACAAAUGCUACUGUCACCAUGACUGGGUGGCCAGAUCCAGGCCUCUACAUGGUCUGAACUUCACCAUCUGUGAAGACGUCCCCUUCCCCUCAUGGACAUCACCUUCUGGAGUCAACAGCCAGAGUCUCUCCCGCUUCUUUGACAAGGUCCAGCAGUUAUCCCAAGACUUCAAGCCAGCUUUGGCCAAGAACACCAUCCAGGACCUCAUGCAGGAAAUAGAUGAGCUGCUGGAGAUCCCAGGGGACCUGGAGACCUUGGCCCCCUCAGAGCAGCACUGUGUGGCCACUCACCUGCUCGUUGGCCUGGAGGAUGUCCUGAGAGUGUUGAGCAAGUUGCUGCCCAAUGGGCCACUGACCACGCAUGCUCCUGCAGGCACAGGACUGUCUCUGACGGUGCAGGACCAAGGAAUCGGGGAUGUCACCUUGGGCCAGAGCCAGGCAAAGAUGCAGCUGAAGUGGGAUGUGGCACAGGAAUCCAAUGACUUGGGUCCUUCUGUGGUGGGCCUCGUCUCCACUCCAGGGACGGCCAAGUUACUGGCCGAGGCGCCCCUGGUCCUGGACCUUCAGCAGCAGGCAGUUCUGCGUGAACACAAGGAAUUGCUGGGGGAGGUCUCCCCUGUCCUGCUCUCAGAUGUCGUCUCUGCCUUUGUGAGCAACAAGGACACCCAGAACCUCGGCUCCCCCGUCACCUUCAUCUUCUCCCACCACUCGGUGACGCCCGGGCCAACGCAGAAGGUGUUCUGUGUCUUCUGGGAGCACAGUCAGGAUGGAGGUGGUCAUUGGUCCACCACGGGCUGCAGGAUGGCGGCCACUGGAGACGCCAGCACCACCUGCGAGUGCUCCCACCUCAGCAGCUUUGCUGUCCUCAUGGCCCACGGCCACAUUCAGCAGGAGGAUCCCGUGCUGGCUGUCAUCACCUACGUGGGGCUGGGCCUCUCUCUGCUGUGCCUCCUCCUGGCAGCCCUCACCUUCCUCCUGUGCAAAGCCAUCCAGAACACCAGCACCUCACUCCACCUGCAGCUCUCGAUCUGCCUCUUCCUGGCCCACCUGCUCUUCCUCACGGCCAUCGACCAGACCAAGAUCAAGCUGCUGUGCACCAUCAUCGCGGGGGCCUUACACUAUCUCUACCUGGCCUCCUUCACCUGGAUGCUGUUGGACGGUCUACACCUCUUCCUCACGGCACGCAACCUGAUGGUGGUCAACUACUCCAGUGUGAGCAGGUUCAUGAAGAGACUCAUGUUCCCUGUGGGCUAUGGAGUCCCGGCUCUAAUCGUGGCCAUUUCUGCUGCAUCCAGACCUUCCCUUUAUGGAACACCCACCAGAUGCUGGCUCCACACAGACAAAGGAUUUGUAUGGACCUUCCUGGGCCCCGUCUGCACCAUCUUCUCAAUUAAUCUGGCCUUCUUUCUGAUGACCUUCUGGAUUGUGAAAAACAAGCUCUCCUCCCUCAACAGAGAUGUGUCCACCCUCCAGAACACCAGGAUGCUGACAUUGAAAGCGACGGCUCAGCUCCUCAUCCUGGGCUGCACGUGGUGUCUGGGCGUCCUGCAGGUGGGGCCAGCUGCCCGCGUCAUGGCUUACCUCUUCACCAUCAUCAACAGCCUGCAGGGAGCGUUCAUCUUCCUGGUGUACUGCCUCCUCAGCCAGCAGGUCCGGGAGCAGUACGGGAAGUGGUUCAGAGGGGUCAGGAAAGCCAAAGCCGAGCCUGAGAAUUACACGCUCUCAAGCGGGGCCGUGUCUGAUGCCUCCAAGCACAGUGCGGCUCUCCAUUCUUCCAACUCCUCACAUCCCCCACAUUUGGAACGCCUACUUCCCGGCUUCACAGAAUCCCCAGUGCCCAAGCCUUGAGUUCCUGAUCAUGUUCCUGGAUUGCUGGCCCCCCAACACUGACACUUCAAGUCUACUUACUACAGAUUCACAGUCUCAGAUUCAGGAGACAAGAGUUUCUGGUGUCCAGGCUCCUCUAGGCACAAACUUCCCGUUUCCAGAUUCUGCGGAUUCCAACUUCCAGGAAUCGGCCACAAAGAGCUCAGUCCAGCUAAGGUCCUCUUCAACCAGUGGAGCACAGUCUUCUCUGUUCUUAAAAGUCUCUGAAGUAGGGACCUCAAGGGAAAAGAUGGCCUCAGCGUGUUCACUGUGGCAUUGGAAGAUGGGAAAACACAAACCACUCAAAUAAACCAUCAAUAAGAAGGGGCAAGAUGCUGGGGCACUGGGUGGCUCAGUUGGUUGAGCCUCCAACUCUUGAUUUGGGCUCAGGUCAUGAUCCCAGCGUCAGUGCAGAGCCUACUAAAGAUAUUCUCUCUCCCUCUGCCCCUCUCCCCUGCUCUCUCUCUCUCUCUCUCCCUCUCUGAAAAUAAAAUAAAAUAAAACAAAAUAAAAUACAUGGCAAGAUGAAAAAUUA